GUCUACUGAUACUGGAGACGGUUUCGGUUAUGUAGUUCCAAGUGGCCAGUCUGAUUUAGGCGCGGACGGACGGAACGGCAGAAUCCGAAGAAAGAAAAUCAGAAACGAGGAUAUUACGCGGGGGAAGGAAGGGCGGACGGACGAAACGGAACAGUAUGGAGAUUGGAAUUUGAAGAAAGAAAAUCGGGAGCGAGGAGGAUAUUAUGUUUCAUCACUUCAGCUUACGGAAUUAUGUGUGGUCCUCUCUCAGGUUGUGAUUUAUGUCUCAAAUUCAAAAAAAGAGGAUGGUGGUCUUGUAAGUGCAUCCCCUCAAGGAGAAUACCGUUGCGAACCUAAAAAUUGUAAAUGUGGUCCUGGUGGCCAAAAUGGUAAAUGCGGUGAAUGUGCUGAUGAAGUCACUGAUGUUG